CCUAAUGUAAACAUAACCUCGAGACUUACCAUCCAUAUCCAUGUGGACCAUGUGAAUCUAUGACAUAGUCUUUUAUAAAGUUAUCAUGAUAAACAUAUAAACAUAUUUAUUUACAUAGAACAUUAAAUCAUAAUAAAAGCAAUGGGUGAUUUUGCAAAGUCACAGUUAGAAAAAUUUGGUUGGAGCGAAGGCAAAGGUCUAGGAAAAAACGAGGACGGAAUCGUAGAAGCCCUCAGACCAAAAUUAAAAUUCGACACCACCGGUAUCGGACACCGAGACACAUCAGGAAAUCAAUGGUGGAACACAGUCUUCAACAAAGCCGCCAGCAACAUCACCGUUGACACAUCAUCCUCCAGCAAACCAGUCUUCAAAGUAAACAGCAGCAUCGCUCUGGACAUCGCUGCUGCCAAAUUGAACAUAAACAUCGGCGAGGUCAAAAGCAAAGACAGCAGUCUAAUCUACGGUAACUUCGUAAAGACCUGCACCCUCCAAGGGGCCAAAGAAACCAAAAGCGCCGCCCAGGAAAAGCGGACCCUCGACGACGACAAACUGAUGUUUAAAAACUUCAUCGUCGAUGACGAGAAACUUUUCAAAGCUUGCAAAGGCAGAACUGCUCACAAGGGAGCCAGGCAUGGGCUCAAGCUCAGCGGUAAGCUCGCGAGGAUCCAGCAGCAGGAGCAGGAACUCGUCGAGCAGAUGAAUUUGCUGGGAGACUUGAGCGACGACUGGACUAAAGUCAAGUCCAAGUCCAAGAAACUCAAGUGCCAUAAAGAGAAAGCAGACUGUGAUACGUCAAUAGAUCUGGGUGAUAAGUCUAGAGUUGAACCAGUCGUAGAAAGCACCGUGACUGAUCUUAUAGCUCAGAUCGACGCGGACAAUGAGGACCAGGACCAGGACCUGGAACUGGAUCCGGAUCGUAAAGUUGGCUCGAGGAAAACCCGGAGGAAAAUGAAGCGCAAGUUUGAUGAGCUGACGGAAAUAUUAUCGAGUUCGCUCAGUCUAGCUGAUGAAUCACCAACGCAGUCUAGAAAAGUUAAGAAAAAGAAAAAGGAUUCUGAUUGCGCUGGAGAAAUCGCUGACCCGAAUACUGAUGACUGUAAAGUUAAGAGUAAAAAUAAAAAACACAAGAAAGUAACGACGGACAGCAAUAUUUUGAAUUGUAAAAUAAAUAAGAAGAAGAAAAAAAAACAUGAAAAAAAAGAGAAAGCUAAGCUGCAAUUUAUUUCGGAUAAUUUUACGAACCUCGGUCUUGAGGAAACGGCCGAUGACGUUUCCAAGAGUCUCGUAAAAUCGGCAAAGAAAAAGAAGAAAAAGUCAAAGAAAUAGCGAAUUGGGAAAUUUAAUAAUUAAAUAAAUGAAAAAUCUUUUUGUCAAUAUAAAUAAAGGAUAUUUUUUAUUUAACAACAAAUAUUAUUAUUGUACAAGAGACACCUCAAUAUAUUUAUACAGUUUAUAUUUAUUUUUAAUGAUAAUUAAAAUAUAAAAUAAAUUUAACAAACGGCGUAUCGUUGGAUGGAAGCGUAAUUAACUAUCUACUUUUAAUAACCUUAUCUAUAUUUAUUUAAAAUACGCAGCUUCGU